GCUGCCGAUGCUGGCCCUCCCGCCGCCCUCCCCGCCAGCCCGCCCUCCCCGGCAGGGCGCUCCGACGGCUUCCCCCGCCAGCUGCCGCCUGCCCCCCGAGGAGGAGAGAGCCGAGUAGUGGGGGGGACGACGACGACGACGACGACACACCACUGGCGACCGUCCCCUUCGGUCCCUGCUGCCCGGGGGGCCGGGCGGCGGGCAGCGGCGGCGCGUCGGGGCUCGAUGCGGCGGCCAUGGGGCGCGGGCCCCUCCUCGGACCGUGGCUACUGCGGGCAGCUCUGCUGCUCGCCCUCUGCCCCGCCGCCGCCGGCGGCACCUGGAUGUGGCUGGGCAUCGCCGCCGCCGGCGGGCCGGAGAAGCCGGGCUGCGCCAGCCCGCCGCUGAGCCGCCGGCAGCAGGACCUGUGCAAGCAGAAGCCGGAGCUGGUGCCCGCCAUCCGGGAGGGAGCCCGGCUGGGGCUCCAGGAAUGCCGCAGCCAGUUCCGACACGAACGCUGGGACUGUCGCCCGCCGCCCGCCGCCCGCCGGGGACCCGCCGCGCCCCCCGCCGCCCUCCCCGCCGCCGCCGCCGCCUUCGGGCACCAGCUCAGCAGCGGCACGAAGGAGACGGCGUUCAUUUACGCUGUGACGUCGGCGGGCCUCGUGCACUCGGUGACGCGGUCGUGCAGCGCGGGGAACAUGACGGAGUGCUCCUGCGACACGAGCCUGCGCCACGGCGGCUCGGCCAGCGAGGGCUGGCACUGGGGCGGCUGCUCCGACGAUAUCCACUACGGAAUGUCGUUCAGCAGAAAGUUCCUGGACGUGCCCCUUAAGAACCUAACGGGCAAGAGCGGGAGCGGGCUGGCGGCCAUGAACCGGCACAACAAUGAGGCUGGGAGGCAGGCUGUAGCAAAGCUGAUGUCAGUGGAUUGCCGUUGUCACGGUGUUUCUGGGUCCUGCGCUGUGAAAACUUGUUGGAAAACAAUGUCCUCCUUUGAAAAGAUUGGCCGGUUCUUAAAGGAUAAGUAUGAAAACAGCAUACAAAUAUCAGACAGACUGAAAAAAAAGCUACGCAGGAAAGAGAAAAGCCAGCGAAAAAUACCAAUCGGCAAAGAAGACCUGCUGUAUGUGAACAAAUCGCCCAAUUACUGUGUCGAAGACCAAAAAUUGGGGAUCCCUGGGACUCAGGGAAGGGAAUGUAACCGUACCUCAGAGGGCCCCGAUGGCUGCAACCUCCUCUGCUGUGGGCGCGGGUACAACACCCACGUCGUCAGGCACGUGGAACGGUGCGAGUGCAAGUUCGUCUGGUGCUGCUACGUGCGCUGCCGGCGGUGCGAGACCAUGACCGACGUUCACACCUGCAAAUAAGAUUAAGUACAGACAACACGGGCAAACCCGCACUGUUUGGUACACACAGUAAGGCAGCGGUGACUCCUGCCGUGCGGGAUUGCAGGGGGAUCAGCCUCAGGGGGAAUGGGUAUGGCCAAACGAUGGGUAGUCCAAGCGUUUGGCCUGUGUGAAAGCAACAGAGCGAACAGCAGCCUGCACACAGGGACAGGUAAAACCACAAAAAAACGAUUCCCGCUGACCCGUUUGAACAUGUAACUCCAUAAGCAGGAACAGAUACUAAACUUUCCAAGUCUUUAAUAGCCACAACGUCAUGAAGAUCCAUGUGGUCAGUAGGUACAGUGGAGAAAACUCAAGAUCUUGUUAGCCAGAGACUGAAGAGUUAAGAGAGCAUGUAAGGCACGGUAGAUAUAAUCCUUAUGUCUGUAUUUUUUAAAAUUGGGACUAGAUGGUUCAUUUCUGCAGGCUUUAGGGAAAAAAAACUAAGAUAGGGGAAAUGUCCUGCUGUUGACCAUGAAGCACUUGCUUUGCAACUGUUUGGGAAGCUGUCUUCUGCACAAUAUGCAGAAAAGUGUGUGUGACUGCGGAGAGCUGGGCACUGCCUGGGUGGAUGAGGAGGGUCCAUCGGCAUGGAGCAAGCUGUGUCCGGAGAAGAGGGGCUGGAGCACGGCUUGGUGAAUGUGUACCAAAUAGCAGCCUCGGUAUUUUUUAUAGGUUGUCUUUCAAACGCACAAAGGACAGGUCUGAGGAGGGACAGAAAUACAGUUUACUCUUUGAAGGAAAUAAAAUCCUUCGCAGGCAUUUCCUCAGUGUCUGAACACAUAAUUGGUGAGUCAGCCGGUUGUCACCCCACUGUUGGACUGUAUGCAGUAACCUGCCAAUGUUGAACCUUGCUGGUGGUUCACCAUCAUUUUGACAAUUAACCAUACGAGAUUCAGCCCAAAGAAAUCUGCCAUAAAGCAAAAGAUUUUUUAAAACAUUGCUGUCUCUUAUAGAAGCAGCAGCUAGAACUUUUCAUUGCAUUGCAUCCUAAGUAAGUUCAAUGCACAAUGUAAUUUAUGGAUUGGCUCACACCACUAAAAUAUUUAAACUGUUAUUGAAAACAUUUUCUCCCCCCUCCAUAUGUUGGCUCAAUUUUAUUUUACAUCUGUGAAAGGUUGUUUAUUUUUAUGCAAUGAUUUAAUGCCUGGCUUAAAAAGCAUCAUGUGAAAGGAUUUCUGUUGUUUAAAUGUGCAAAGACCUAUUUUUGAUAAGACAAGAAAGUUUAUAUUUUGUAAAUAUUUAAAUUAUGCAAGUUAUGUAAAAGGUUUCCAAAACUAAUGUGAUAAGAUUACAGCCUUGACGUUUGUUGCUUAGAUAUUUCUUACUAUUGUAGUAGCCUUUAAUUGAUUUUUAUUUGCAUGUGCAGGGGAAAAUUAGAGAAUUACAUAAAUGUUCUUGUUUUUACCAUCAGGGUGGUUAUAAAUAUUGCAGGUAAUACACACUGAUGAGAAACACUUACUAUGAUUUUCUAAAUGAUCAGCUGAUUUUGUAUACUUUUUUAUUCUUUUAAAUCCAUUUUACAAACAGUGAAAUCCCGGCUCCAGCGGUAAGCGCAGAACUCCCACUGACAUCAAGGGGACUUGCAAGGGUUUGCAAUCCCUUAACUUGUUCCAAACUGACAGUCAGUUUUUAGAAAGAAAUCAUCUUAGACAGUUUGGUUGAGGCUUUCAAAGUUACUUUGAGGAAUUAAUUUCCUAGUUGUCAAUUAUUUUCCCAUGAAAGAUGGUGACCAGAUUCCCUGUCGCUCUUUAUCAGAUGUGUAGGUCAGGAAGAAGCAAACAAAAUCUUCUGUGUUGUGGUACUUCACUGCCUUAUGUGGAGUAUCUUAGGAACAUCAGUUCAGCAACCGCAAAGUCCUUUAUCUGUUGGGUUUUUUUUGGACCUUAUCUCCACAUUUGGCUAGUCUGUCUCCAUUGACCUAGCCAGGUAAUUAUCCUGAGGCCACAAAAUCUGCUGUCUGUGGGAAGGGGGCUCAGCAUACCACUCGCUGUCACUGGAGGGUGCAGCACCCUCCCUGUGAAAACUUGGAUGCAGGGGAUGCAUCCUGGUGGAAGACCCUGAAGGGAGACUUGUAAGCCCCUGGUUGUUCCCAUCUUCCAGCGAUGAAAAUACACCCACAGUCUCCCCAGGCCAUGCCACAGCACCUAUUGGCAGCAUGGAUGGGACAUGCUGCUGGUCACCGUUGAUAUGAAGGUGUUGUAGAGACCACCCCUCUCUCCCUCUCUCUGAAUCUGCCCUACCUCAGGCUGCUGGCAGAGGUGAGUGCCUCGGAGCCCUACGUGAGGCUGCUCCUACCAGUGCCUCCAUGGAGUUCAGUGUUGAGGUCACAACUGUUCUGUUGUGUGGGGCUCCAGCAGGAACCAGCUGCUGGGAGUUCAGUGUGGAGGCCAAGAGCUUCUCUUGAAGCAGCCCUGAUCUGUGUCUCAAGACUACCUUAGCUUUUACCGGACUGAAAGGUUCUUCCAUGCCUGAUCUGUAAAGCAAGGAAAAUUGCUGAUGCACAUCUCGGUAUGCCUUAACUUCUGUCAGUGCAGGAAAUAGGGAGAAAAUGAUCCUGGAUUCCUGGGUCUAAGGUUGGAUUUGCCCAGGAGAAAAAUCUCAGUAGGCUGUUUGUGUGGGUUUGAAGGGGAAGGGCACUCCCAUCAACGUUGCAUGGAGACGUGGGGCAGUCAUGAUGCAGCCAACACAGACGGGGUGUCUCCUGCCUGCUUGGCUAGCCACUAUGUAAGGCUGCGGUAUUUUUGGGAGCUCAUCUAGU